AUGCGAGGAAUUGUACAGUUAACAUUUAUUAAUGACAAAGAGGAUAUUCAAUGGCUGAAUUCAGGAAAUGCGGCCAGGCACCGCCACCCGAUCUUCACAGAUGUCGAACGCCGAGAUAUGACCCUUGAGAUCAUCUCUUCUGUACCCGACCAGAAUCCCGACCAGGCAAUUGUUGAUCUAGAAAGGUUCGACUCGGAUAUCAGUUGCUCAAACCCAUCCUCGCUAUUUCGGGGACCUUUUGGUGCUUUCAGAUGCCCACAACCGCCGCAGCUUGAACCAUCACCUUCCAAUACAGAUGAGCUGCCUCCAUCCUUCCUUGACUGGUUCGAGCAGCUUGAGGAGCUGCCAAUAGAGGAAGAUUUUAAUCAGUCAGUGUUCAGUCUGGACGCCCUAGAUGCUCUGAAUACAGACUACGGUGAGAGCUUGAUCUCAGAAGAGCCCAGUCUAGAGCCACCUCAGAGCAUUGGGGCGAAUUUCCACGAGCUGAGUCUACCAGCAGAGCUCAAUCCCUAUGUAUCCAUGAUAAAAGGCGACCCGGAAAUGCGACGCGCCUAUCUCGUCCAAACAGAAAAACUCAUUUGUGUCAAGGGACUCAGCCAACCGGCGCUGUCAGCCAACAAAAGAGCAUUGCACCACUGUUAUGCCUAUAUGCGAAUUAUGGCCGAGACAACCUGCAUUGCUGAUAGAUUGACCGUGAUUCCCUCCGGGACAAGCGAUACCUUGAGCGACAACACAAUAUAUGGAGGUGACUUCCGUGUCUAUCCCAAUCUGAUAUUCUCGACAACCACAAUGAGCAUGGAAAAAGACCCAGGCAUGGCACAACGUGAUCUCCACCUCGCGAUACCCGGCCGAUGGAGCUCAACAUUAUUUCCCACACUAUACGGAAUCGAUGAAAUAUUUCUCAUGCUACUGUCCCAAGUGAUCCGCCUUGCCAACGAGCGAGAUUUUUCAAUGAUGUCUGCUGCAGCAGAAAGUCGACUCAGCCUGAAGGAAUUUUGGACUCGAGCAAAGGGUCUGGAAAAUGCUAUCGAUCAUUUGCUAUCCACUACAAACCCAAGCUGUGUUCAACCUUACGAUGAAACCCUCUCAAUAGUCAUGACUGCAACAGCUCAAGCAAUGUACACGGCAUUAUCAAUUUUCUUCCAUCGCCGAAUAUACGAAAUUGAUCCUAUAAUGCUCCAGGGCAAGGUCGCUGCAAUUCGGGGCUACCUAAUCCAAAUUCAACAGGAGGAAAGCCAUCAGAAGGAUAGUAGCAAUGCUGCGCUGAUCUGGCCAGCUUUUAUCACUGCUUGUGAGGCUGUUAGUCCUGAAUUACAGGUGUUCUUUUCGUCAUGGUUUGAUAAUUGUGCUCGGACGACAGCGUUGGUUCAUGCAUCAGUUGCUCAACAGAUAUUUGAGACAAUAUGGACCAAAAGACGCGAUGUGAGCUUGUGUGGAGGAACAUUUAGCUGGCCAGAUAUUUUACGGGAUGGGGAUAUCAAGUUUAUGUGUAUAUGA